AUGGGGGCUCAAUCCAGUGAACACACUAUAUACACACUUCAAUACCUAUUUCUUACGCCUUAUCCUAAACGAUUUUCUCCUCUAAACUUUCCCAAAGCCCUUGAGCAAACUGUCGAGACCAUCAAUGCUAUUUUUCUUGAUGUUGAAAACAAAUAUGAUCAACUCAACAAUCAGGGGAAAGAUUGGCUUGCCAAGCUCAAGGAUAACCAAUUACUUUUCACUACUAAUACUUCUAGGAAGAUCAAAAUGAUUAGAAAGAAGUUGGAUAGCAUUGCUAGAGAUCGUACUCAGUUUGGCCUUAGUGAUGUAUACAUACCCGUGAAGAUGAGAGAGGAUACCUUUUCUUAUGUUCAUGAGACUAGUAUUAUUGGGAGAGAUGCAGAUCGCGAGGCCAUAAUGGAUAUGUUGUUGCAAGGCUUAGACUCUUCAAUAGUAGAUGUCGAGGAUAAUAUUUCUUUUGUGACAAUUGUUGGAAUUGGAGGGCUUGGGAAAACUGCACUGGCCCAACUAGUGUUUAAUGAUGACAGGAUUAAGAGUAAAUUUGAAUUGAGCAUUUGGGAAAGAGAGCUUAGAAGAGAACAGGUGCACGGGAAGGUUCGUAGACUAAUUGAAGGGAAAAGGUAUUUUCUUGUUCUAGAUGAUGUUUGGAAUGAAAGUCGUAAUGAAUGGGCUAAAUUGAUGGAAUCUUUGCUUCUAGGUGCAAGGGGAAGUAGAAUUAUUGUUACUAGUCGCUCAAAGAAGGUGGCGAGAGCGAUAGGAGAUGAUCCUAUGUAUGUGCUGCAAGAUUUGUCUGAUGAAGGUUCUUGGCAAUUGUUUGAGAGGAUAGCAUUUAGCAAACAGAGUCGACAACAGGUAGAUAACGAACUUGUUGAAAUCGGUGAAGACAUUGUGAAAAAAUGUGCAAAUGUUCCCUUGUCUAUAAGGGUAAUAGGCAGCAUGUUGUAUGAUCAAGAUAAAAGCAAGUGGCGAUUGUUUCAAAAAAUGAACUUGGCUGAUAUGGGGGAAGGUGAGAAGAGCAUCAUGCCAAUAUUGAAGUUUAGCUAUUAUCAUCUUACUCCGCAAUUAAAGAGUUGUUUUAGCUAUUGUGGGCUCUUUCGUAAGCAUUAUCUUAUUGAAAAAGAGAUGUUGAUCAAUUUGUGGUUUGCACACGGUUGUCUUAAACCUUUGAAUAGCAAUUGGAGUAUAGAUGACGUUGACGAGGAGUGUUUCUCAAUUUUAUCUCAGAGAUGUUUCCUUCAAGACAUCCGAAAGGAUAUGUACGGUGAAAUCAACUUUUGCAAAAUGCACGAUUUGAUGCAUGAUCUCGCACUACAUGUAGCGGGAAAGGAGUUAAACUUGAUGUUGGAGCCUACCACAAGCCCUUUUGAUAAAAAUAAUCGUCAUCUCUCUGUUGCUGUUCGACGACGUUCUCUCUUCAUUCAAAUGAUGUUUUUAGCAAGAUUAAAGCGCUGCGCUCAUUUUUUCGGCCUCCCUCUAUCCAUUCUUUGGAAUGUGAAUCAUAUGUGUUGA